AUGGCGCUGCUGCUGGAGUACGAGUUCCGGACGCUGCCGGCCGAUAAGCAGAUCGACACGGAGCCCUUCCUGGAGGCCGUGACGCACCUGCCGCCCUUCUUCGACUGCCUGGGCACCCCGCUUGUCUACGCCCCAGUGAAGGCGGAUCUCUCCGGGAACAUUAAGAAAAUACGGGCGGUUUACGAAACAAACCCAGCCAAGUUCAAAACCCUUCAGAACAUCUUAGAAGCAGAGAAGGAAAUGUACGGGCCGGCGUGGCCAAAGGUGGGGGCCACCUUGGCCCUCAUGUGGCUGAAGAGGGGUCUCAAGUUCAUCCAGGUCUUGCUGCAGAGCCUUUGCGAUGGCGAGCAGGACAAGGACAACCCCAACCUGAUCCGCGUGAACGCCACCAAAGCCUACGAGCUGGCCCUGAGGAAGUACCACGGCUGGAUUCUGCAGAAGCUUUUCCUGGGCUCCGUCUACGCUCUGCCCUACAAGUCAGACCUGCUGAAGGCCCUGGAGAAAGGCCAGGACGUCAAGCAGGAAGAGACCCUUGAAAAGAUCCACCAGUUCUUGUCCAAAGCAACACCCAUCCUCGACACCAUCUAUGAGAUGUACACAAAAAUGAACGCAGAGCUGAACUACAAGGCUUGACCAGGCCCUCCCCUCCUUUGCCAGCCUGGGCCAGCCCCUUUGCCUCCCCUCCCUC